GAUAUUACCCAUGGGAAGUGUAUCUUUAUCACCUGCUAUAUGCGGUCUGGAAAACUAAAGUGUGCUCAUUCGCAAAUUAUGUUUAUAAGUAUUUUAUUGUAUAAGUCCACUUUUAAAUAUGGACUAUGCCAAUUUUAAGAAAUGGGAUAAUUAUAAUCCUAGAGAGACUGCUAAUAUUUUUUCUAUUAUUACCUUCUUUUAUAACUAUAGGAUUUUGAAACAAGGAAAAAAACAAGACUUACAAGAAAAAGAUAUAUACAAUGUUAUUCCUGAAUUUGACGCUGAAAGGCUUGGUAAUAAACUAGAAACCAAAUGGCGUCAGGAAAGAAAAAAAAAAUCCAAAGCGUCUAUUAUAAAGUGCCUGAUCAGCUGUUUUGGAUGGACUUAUGUUAUGUAUACUUUGGUACAGUUGCUGUUUGGAACAGUUAUCUUGCUACUCACUCCAACAAUAUUUUCAAAAUUCGUAGCGUAUUUCCAGCCUGGGCAAAAUGUAAUAACCACAAUGGAUGCGUACAAAUAUGCCUUUGCGCUUCUUGGCCUACAAUUGUUUAACGUUUUUUAUACAAACAACUUUCAACAACUUAUUACAGAAUAUUCAAUAAAAGUCCGCACUGCUGUUUGCUCCCUAAUUUAUCGAAAGGCGUUAAGACUUGACUCGGUUGCCUUUUCUCAGAUGUCGAUUGGAAAAAUUGUUACUCUUAUGUCGAAAGAUGUAUUUUCCAUUGAUUCGGGUGUGGGUUUUAUUAAGGAAAUAAUUAUAGGUUUGCUUCAGCUAGCUGUAGCAAGUUAUUUACUAUACCAACGAGUUGGGGUAUCAGCCUUCCCAGCGUUAGGAGUGAUUUUGGUUAUAAUACCACUGCAAUUGUUUAUUGGUAAAAAAACCACUGACCGACGCAUAAUAACAGCAAAAAGAACAGACGAGAGGUUUAGGUUACUGCAAGAAACACUGAGUGCCAUUAAAAUAAUUAAAAUGUAUACUUGGGAAACAUUCUUUGAGAGGCUUAUUCAUGCGGCUCGUUUAAAAGAAACGGAUCAAAUUAAAAUAGUUUACUACCUUAAGGCAUUUAUAGUGACUUUUGGUACCUUUACUAUAAAUCUAGCUUUCUACGUGCUCCUUAUUUUCUACAUUGCGAGAGGAAAUCCCGUAGAUCCUGAAACUGUGUACUAUGUACAAACUUGCUUGGGAGCUAUCAAAUUAUCAAUUGGACUACUUAUGCCUAUGGGAAUUGCUCAGACUGCUGAUAUGUUUGCUUCGUUUAGUAGAAUUCAAACUUAUUUAGAUGCAGCAGAAUACAAAAAACCAGUUUCAGAUCAAGAAUUCUACUCUUCGCAACCCUCAAUUUAUUUAGAUAAUGUUAAAGUUACUAUUCAAGGAAAAGAAGUUCUAAAAUCAGUGUCACUCAAUCUCCAAGAAGGCCUUUUAUUAAUUACUGGAAAUGUAGGUAGUGGCAAAUCGGCUUUACUUAAAGCGAUUCUUGGAGAGUACCCUAUUGCUUCAGGACGUAUGAAUGUAUGGGGCUCUUUAUCUUAUGCCACCGAAGAACCAUGGGUUUUUCCUUCUACUAUACGCCAAAAUAUUUUGUUUGGCCAAGCCUUUAAUAGAAGUCGGUAUGAGAAAGUUUUAGAAGCAUGCGCACUUACUUAUGACCUAAAGUAUUUUGAAAAGCAUGAUCAGACAAUUAUAGGCGAUAGAGGAAUUAAUUUGAGUAAGGGGCAGCAGGCUAGAAUAUGUUUGGCAAGAUCAGUAUAUCGAGAAAGUGAUAUAUAUCUUUUAGACGAUGUGUUGUCUUCCCUAGACAAUCAUGUAAAUAAACAUAUUUUUGAAAAAUGUAUUAGAGGACUGCUUAGAGAUAAGAUAUGUAUUUUGGUGACCAAUAAUAUUAAUAAUAUCAAAGCGGUUGAUUGUAGUGAAAUUUUGGUGGUAGAAAAUGGAAGUACUUUGAAUUUGGAGCAACAAAAAGAUGCCUUAGAUAAAAGGAUUACAUACUAUAUAGAUGAGGAGGGCAGUAGAGAUAAUUUAGUUCCUGAAAGUGAUGAAUCUAUUAGUAGCUUUAUGGAAGAAGCUAAAGAAACUGACUUAUUACUUAAUGGUAGUGUUAAGGUCGACCAAAAUUUAUAUCAUGAAAAAAAUAAGGAAGGCAAAGUUCUUUGGAGCAACUAUAGCAGAUAUUACAGGUUUAUUGGUGGCGCCUUCGUAACCGUUUACUUAUUCGUCGUUUUCUUAAUAGCCCAGUUUUGCAUCUCUUAUUCGGAAAAAAUGAUCAGCAUUUGGGUAAAUUUGGAACCAAAUAUAACUAAGUUAGUCAAAAGUAACCAAACUGAGACUGAAGAAUAUAUGAAUUUGAUUCAGAAGCGAGAACAAUUUUUAAAUAUAUACACAAUUCUUAUUUUAGCUGGCUUAGUAUUUAUUAUAUUACGAUCCUACUCCAGUUUCUUCUUCUGUAUGAAUGGAGCAAGAAAGUUACAUAGAGCUAUGGUAAAAGCCAUGCUUCACACCUAUAUGCAUUUCUUUGACGACCACUUUAUUGGUAAUAUUAUCAAUAGACUGAGUAAGGAUUUUCACAUAAUUGAUGAGUAUAUGCCAUUCUUAGUAUUGGAAGCUUAUAGGCUAGUUUUCAUGAUAUUGGGAGUAAUAGCUUUAGUGGCUUCUGUGAAUUGGAUUCUUUUUAUACCCUCAUUUUUUUUUAUAAUUAAACUAUAUUUCGUUCAACGCUUAUAUUUGCCUGCUGGUAGAAGUUUAAGAAGACUGGAAGCUGCUACUCGCAGCCCAAUUAUAGGGUACCUCAACUCCACCCUUGAAGGUUUAGCAAUAGUACGUGCUUCUGAGCAACAGGACCAACUUAGAACUGAAUUUGACAUGCACCAGGAUGUCUUUACAUCAACUUGCUUUAUGAACCAAACUACCAUGAGAUUUUUUACUUUUAUAUUAGACUUAUUUGGAGCCUUUUUUAUGGGUGGAAUCGCUCUUAAGUUCUUAAUAUUUAGUCAAGGUACAACUGCAGGUGAUGUAGGUCUUGCAUUAACUCAAUCAACAAUGUUAGCAGGUCUUAUCCAAUAUGCUGUACGUCAACUAACAGAAAUAGAAAAUGUAAUGACCUCAGUGGAAAGAGUACUUGAGUAUGCGGAUGCUGAGCUUGAGUCAAAAACGGGAAAAAAACUUGAAAAUUGGCCUUUAGAAGGUGCCAUAACAUUUGAAGAUGUUUGUUUGACAUAUAAAUUUGAUGGCCGUUCUGUUCUUAACAAUGUUAGUUUUAAUAUAAGUGGCGGUACUAAGCUCGGCAUUGUUGGACGAACUGGAGCCGGAAAAUCCUCCAUAAUUUCCAUCCUAUUCAGACUUUACGACUAUGAAGGUUUCAUACGCAUUGACGGUGAAGAUAUUUCAAAGCUGUCGCUAGAUUUCUUACGAUCAAAGAUCAGUAUUAUUCCUCAGGAUCCUAUAUUAUUUUCUGGAACUAUUCGUUCGAAUAUAGACCCAUUUCAGCAGUUUUCAGAUAAGGAAAUUUGGAGUGCGUUGGAAAAAGUACAUAUAAAAUCAUUUAUAAAGACAUUAAGUCAACCAGUAAAAGACCUCGCAAGCAUGUAUAGCUCUGGACAGAAACAGUUAUUGUGCCUAGCCCGUGCAGUAGUUCAAAACAACAAAAUUAUUGUUUUAGAUGAAGCCACAGCUAAUAUUGACCCAGAGACGGACCUUUUACUACAAAAAACUGUAGAAGAAUGCUUUAAGAAAUGCACAGUGCUUACUAUAGCUCAUAGAUUAAACUCUGUUAUGAAAUGUGAUAAGAUAUUGGUCUUGGAUAAUGGACGAAUAGUAGAGUUUGAUGAGCCUAAGGUCUUAAUUGGGGAUUCCAAUGGAAUACUGGCUAAAAUGUUGCCAGGGGAAAGUUUGUAAUAUAUGUAUUAAGUGUGUUAAUUUUCUGGUUUUUGUUUGUAUAAGACUGAAUAAUAAAAUUUUAGCUAUGGCUAAAUGAAUAAAAAAAUGUUAAAAUAUUAUUUCAGAA